GCGCCGUUCUAUCGCUGGAUUUGACCUAACACUGCGGCAAGGCCGGCAGCGUAAGUCUUCGGCCUGUCAGUCAACCGUUCGGUAGCGCCUGCAACCUGUCUGCCGUCCUGCCCUUCGGCUGCACGCAUCCUUUGGUUCGUCGUCGCCAGCACCAACGUCGCCAGCCUGUCGUCGUCAGCACCAACGUCGCCAGCAUCAUGGUGUCCCUGGAAGCCGCUCACGCGAUGCAGGAGGCCUUGCUGAAGAAAUUCGCUCAGGAAUUGGGUGUAGCCUACCAACUCUACACGCAUCCUCCGGUGCUUACAGUGGACGAGCAGGCGGCACAAGUGAAAGGAGCAACCGGAGAGUUUACCAAGAACCUUCUGCUUAAGGACAAGAAGGGGCGGCUCAUUCUUAUCUCUGCACUCACCAAGACCAAGAUAGACCUCAAGCUCUUGUCGCAGAGGCUGGGACUGGGGAAGGGCGGGCUGCGCAUGGCACCAGACGAGAAUCUCGCCACGGUGCUGCAGGUGCCUGCUGGCUGCGUCACCCCCCUGGCGCUCUUCAGCGACUCUGCAAAGGACGUCGUGCUGCUGUUGGACCACGGCUUCACGUCGCAACCCCACCUGCUCUUCCACCCGCUCUCCAACGACGCCACUGUUGCUUUGACCCGAGAGGCGUUUGAGGCUUUCCUCCGCUCUGUUGGCCGUUCAGAGCCGGCAUACGUGGACCUUGAGGCAAACGUGGUGGUGGGGAAGGACCAACCACCCGACCUUGCCGCCCACCUCCCAGCCCCUUCCACUGCUGCAGCAGCAGCAGAUGGUACCUCCGCUGUUACAACUGCCGCUACCAGCAGUAGUAGCGGUACCAGCGCCGGCCCUAGCACCAGCACCAGCGGGCCCAAGGCCGGUGCUGCUGGUGCAGCAGGGAAGGGAAAGACAGCUCCUCAGAAGAAGACACCGGCUGCCGUACCAAAGGGGCCACCGGGCGAUGACGUGGCGACUUGCACGACUCGGAUCUUGGAGAUGCUGACAGAGCACAUGAAGAAGUGUAACGGAAACUCUACUGUAGCGGAUCAAACCGCUAGUGGCAGCUCAACUACCGAGGAUCUUGCCCUGAAUCUUCAGCAUGCGCUGGUUAUGUUCAAGAAUGCCGCUUAUACAAAUGGCUUCUUCGCUGGCCGUUCGGCGGUGCUUGAUAGGGUUCAAGGCUCUUGAAAGUCCAUGUGCGACUAUGGAUGUUAUAGCCUUAUAGGUGAAUGUAGACCAAUUGUCUGUUUUCAAUUAUUUUUUGCCUUCCGCGCCAGCGCUUGCGAGACAGUCUCAGCAUCGACCCCAGUGCCUGACACCAGCAAUCUGCACUCCAAGAGUUUGCUCACCAUGCAUGUGCUCGACCAUCCUCGACGUCGUCCUUGACAAAUAAAUUGCUUUUUGUAUGUGUGACCCAGAAUGAAGUUCUCUCAAGAGAGCCUAAUUAUAGGAUGGCCAGAGUGAUA